AAAUUAUGGGAUUAUUGCUGGCUAUCGAUAUUUACAUUGUAUCAAAUUCUCUUUAUUAUUUUUUCUAUUAAGGCGAUGCUUGACGCCAAUCUCCCCAUAUGUUGUAGGACGAUUGUUUUAACGGAACAAGUACGCAUGAUGAUGAAGAGUCACGCUUUCGUCAGAAGCGUAGCACCUAGAUUUUUGUCGUACAAAUCCCACAGCGAAAUUCCGCUACCGAAUGAGCCCAAAUUUUCACAAUAUUUGUAUUUCCUUUUCGCACCGACUCUUGUGUACCGCGAUGAAUAUCCCAGGACAGAAAGAGUUAGGUGGAUGGUGGUAAUUCGUAAUUUUGUGGAAUUUGUCCUAACGAUCUUCUAUCUCGCCUUUAUCUGAGAUAGUCUGGUGUCACCGAUCUAUAGCGUAUUUGGCACACAACAUCUGGAUCGGAUGUGGUUCGUCCAGAAUAUCAUCAAGACUAGUAUCUCUGGCAUUCUCUACUUGGUCAUCACAAAUUAUCUUCUGCUUCAUGCGUGGAUGAACACUUGGGCGGAAAUGCUGCAGUUUGCCGACCGACUGUUUUAUAAAGACUGGUGGAACUCUACGACUUUCCACAUGUUCUUCCGCACAUGGAACGUGGUAGUGCACGACUGGCUGUACACGUAUGUCUAUAGGGACAUAUACGAAAUCGUGGCGCCAUACAACCGCGUGUUGUCAGCUACUGCUGUAUUCUUCAUCUCCGCCAUCGUCCACGAAUACAUAUUCGCGUUUGCAUUAGGCUUCUUCUACCCUGUACUAUUUACCUUAUUUAUCACUAUUGGUUUUCCCAUGUUCUUUAUUCGUAAAACUGUCACCAGCAACCUUCUUAUAUGGUUGAUCUUGAGCCUUGUCAGCGGUAUCACUUUCAGUCUGCAGGCGAUAGAGUUUUAUGCGAGGCAACUGUUCGCCUCACUCCAAUUACUACCUAGACUUGUUUAUACCGCGAAGCUGGAACUGUUAAGAACAAUUAAUCGUAUAGAUCUUUCCCAUUUGCAUAGACAAUAA